AUAGUAAUUAUAUUUUUAUCGUCUUAUGUGAAAUGCUGAAAUAAAAUAACGAUUAUAUAUUCUCUUACGAAGAUACUAUCCUAUCGAUUAUUUUGUAAUGUGUGAGUGUACUCGGUGUAUGAGAGUGCCUUGUUGUCAUAGUGACUAGUCAAUAAUUUGAAAUCGCAAUAUCCAGAGGCAUGGAAGCAUUCCCUCAGCCAUCAUAUUAAUACGGUCGUAUGAAAACCAUUUGCGAUUACGCUUAUUAGAUAAUUGAAAAAUUUGAAAAAAAUGUUUGCAAGUUCUUAAAUGAAAAAGUAAAUUUUAAGGAACUAAUAAAUCAGCUUGCACACAAUAUUCAUCGCAUAAAAGACCAGGCGAUUUAUUUGCAUAUAUUAUUCGACAAGUUUUAAUUUUGCUGAUACAUCAUGAUGGAUAUGGAGAUGAAUGCUGACUUGGACGGUGAUGACGGAAGCGAAAGCAGUCAACCGUCUUCAGAGGGAAGUUCUGCAAGUAGCACAUUUUGUACUUUGGAGAAAGAUUAUGCAAGGAUUACGAAUGAAAUGAGCUCUAAUGAGGCAUUGGCUCCUUUUAAAGAUGAAUACGAGAGACUUUAUGAAUCCUUGUACAAAGCGCACAGAAGUGAGAAGGAACUAUCAGGACAAUGCACAUUACUCAAGAAUGAAAUUGUAGAUAAUACAUACAAAAUAUACGAACUGAAAAACACAGUGGAGGCUUACGAGGACGAAAUAACACGAUUGAAAGAAGAAGUCACUAAAAUGACGAAGCUGGCUGAUGCGGCACACACACGCGAGCAAAAUGCACAGGAAGUAAUUGGAAAUUUGCGGCUAAAUAUUACAAAAUUGGGUCUGGAGAUCGAGGAAAAGAACAAACAACUAGUAGUAGAAAAGGACACCACCAUUAGCAAGAAAAAGGAGAAUCUAUUGAAAGAAAGAGAGAUACUUAUUGGCGAAAUGGAGACUAUGCGGCAACGUAUGAAAAACAUGACGAUUUAUACGCAAGAGCUUGAAAAGAAAAGUAGUGAGAUUGAACAGCGAAUGACAGACAUGCAGGAUAUGAUCGGCAUGCAGCUGAACGAAAUCUCGCGAGAAAAAAGAAGUCGAGAGAGGGCUGAAACGGAAGUGCAACAACUUCAGGAAGAACUCGUCUUAAAGAAAAACGAACUUGAGACUGCAAACGCAUCUAUUCAAGCAAGUGCGAAUAACAUAAUGAGAUUAGAGAGUUUAAUAAGAGAUCAAAAAAUAACAGAUGAAAAGAAGCAAAAGGAGAUGAGCAAACUUAAGGUGAAAAAUAUAAAUUUGCAAACAGAUUUUGAUAAUGCAACCGCCGAGGUUGAAAAACUAGAAAAACAACUUUCUGACAAAGAGAAGCAGAUGAGAAACAUGAAGUACCAGCUUAACAGAACAAGAGAGGACAGUGCUAAAUACAAGCAUGAAAAAGACCUGAUAGACAAACAAUUGAUGAAAGCAGAAUCGGAACAAUCCAGACUGGGGCGUGAAUUAAAGCAAGCUCUGAUCAAUGUCAGGAAUGCCGAACAUGUUGUUCAAACUUGUCGAAAGGAACAACUCGAGGACAAGCAACGUGUCGAAAUUCUGUUGCGAGAGAAGGACACCAUCGCCCGUAACAAGGAAACCGCUUACAAGCGGAUCAAACGAUUGAAUCACGAGCUGUUGCUGUGCGAACAAGGCAGGAAGAAGAUCGAACAGGAACUGGACACGCAGACCAAAACCAUAGAUGAAAUGAAAAAUCAAAUAGAAGUUGUAGAGAAAGAAAGGGAUAGAUAUAGUUCGACGGUACACGGUUUAGAAAAACAGCUAGAGAAUUACAUAAGCGAGACCAAGCGAAAGCAAACAGAGAUAUUCGAUUACAAGAAGCGUUUAGCAGACACCGAGAUAAAGUACCGUCAACAUCAAAGCGUACUUGAAGCCAUCCGUAUGGAGCGGAAUUUGUGUAACAGAAAUCUGGUUGAAGCACAAGAAGAGAUACGAGAUUUAAAGAGCAAGUUAAAGAUUACAAGCCAGCAGAUUGAGCAAUUGAAGGAAGACAUUGCGAUGAAGGAGGCUAAUCUUGUCAAGGAGGAAUUCCUGUUAGGAAGGGCUGAAAAGGAGAAAGAAGAACUUAAGAUUGAUCUACGAGUUUCUCGCAUGGAGAUAUCUAACUUGCGGCAACAAAUUGAAGAAGCAAAGAAGAAAGAAAAGGGUCUUAGGCAGGCUAUGCAACAGGCAGACAUAGAUAUUGGACGUCGUAAGAAAGAUAUUGAUAAUGUUAUGAACGAGCGUGACAUACUCGGUACACAAUUGGUUCGAAGAAAUGAUGAACUUGGCCUCCAAUAUAGUAGAAUAAAGGUCUUGAAUAGAACAUUGCAAUGUGGAGAAAUACAGUAUAAUCAAAGACUAGAAGACAUUCGAUUGCUCAAGUUUGAGGUAAAAAGACUUAGAACUGAGAAAUUGUUACUCUCAAAAAAUGUUUUAAAUGUUAGCGAUUUACGCCAAGAAGUUUUCUAUCUAAAUCGCAACCUGGCCAAAGAGAAACUUAAAAUUACCGCACUCGAGGAAGAAAUUCAAACUCCAUUGAAUAUACAUAGAUGGCGAAAGCUCGAGGGCACAGAUCCUCCUGCAUUUGAACUUAUUAAGAAAGUGCAGAUUCUGCAAAAACGCAUUUUACAACUAUCUUUUGACAUGCUCGAUAAAGAUAGGAAACUAAAGGAUACUGAGAAACUAUACAUGAAUCUCCGUGAGGUUUUGUCGAAGCAAUCAAAUUCGCAAUUAACGACGAACUUGAAUAUGGUGCAAAAUUUCUUACGUAAAAGAGGAGAGAAAAUCAAAUGUCUCAUCGCAGAGCUGAAUAUGUAUGAGUCGCAAGUAGGCGGAUAUAAAGAAGACGCGGUGUCAAUGGCCAACGAAAUGUACGAAUUAAAAAAUAUGUUUUACACACAAAAACGAAAGCUCCAAAAAAUAAAAGAGACGACCCUGAAAUCCACAUACCCAACCAAUUUUCCAGAUAUUUUGAUAUCUAAUAAAAAAUUUUAUGGGGGUGGCUUCAAGAUAGCAAAACCUACUCCAAAAAUUUGUUGCAUUGUGGAUACCUCAUCAAAUAGGUGAAAUUAAAAAUAUAGUAAAGUAAUUGCGUAACAUAAUUUUGUGUUUUUAAAUGAUGUAUUAUCUAUGUAUAUAACACAAACGAUGUUCCUUUAGACAUAUAAAGCUAGCGCCACACUAUGCGCAAUUCGUGAUUCGUAGAAAUUCGUUGGACAUUCGUUAUUGCUUACCACAUUAUUCGUGAUUCGCAGCUUAUCAUUCGUAGUUUGUUAUUUGUCGUUUCGUUCAUGUUAACUUCGACAACUUUUAACUUUUACCUGUCAUUACAGACUUGUCUAUAAUUAGUCAAGUUUUAAUAUUAGUAAAAAAAUCACUAUUUCCGUUAAAAAACCGCUCGGCUAGCGAAUGUCAAAUAGCACAUAGUGUGGCGCUAGCUUAAGAGAUACAAAGGAAUAAAUUUUCACAAAUAAUUAAUUUUCAAAGUAUUAUUAAUGUGACUAAAUAAAAGCACAUUAUUAAAUCUUUGUGAAAAAUAUUUUUUAAUAUCUUGAAUAGAUUUUUGUCACACUUUACUGUCCAUUAAGGACGCAUUAUCUCAAGUCGAUAACUAUCGCAACUAAUAUAUAUAUGUAUAUCUACCGCAUUUAUUUUAGCUUACUUUUAUCUUCUCCAUUAUUAAUGUUCUGCUAUAAGGUAGGUCGAUUGGAUGAUUUUAUCGUUCCGUUGAUUCAUAUUCCAGGUAAGGCUGGUAUUACAUUUGU